UAAGGGACUAUUUUGAACCUACCCUCAAAUAUUAAAGACCAAUUUUUGUCAUUUUCUCAUGGCUAUAACAAAAAUGGACUCAACUGAAACCAAGAAACCAAUUUCCCUAGCUAAUGGCCUUGGAUAAACCCCAUCAUACUACUAGUGAGCUCUUCAUUUGCUUCACUUCUCGUCUUUCUUCAUCUUCAUCUUCCAUGAAACUUUCCAAAUCCAUUCUUAGCCCGGGCCAUGCCCGGGACCAACCUCUCUCUCUUCCCACAUCCCUUAGCCGUCGGCUUAAAGCCAACGGCAGCAUUAAAGGUGGCCAAUCCCCGGCCACCUUUCCUUCCCACACUGGGAAGAAACGAGGUUUGGGGUUUGACAACCCCGAACCUUCUUCUCCUAAGGUAACUUGUAUUGGACAAGUGAAAAUGAAAACCAAGAAGAAGGUUAAACAAACAAGAAGCUUGUCCAAUAGAAGGAGUACUGAUAUAAGUUUUAGAAAACUAGAACAACAAGCCCCUGAUCAAGAAAGGGGAUUGUUGAUUCAAACUCAAAGGAGUUCAAGUGUGCAUUUUCAGCAGCAAGAUCAAUGUGUGCAUAGGAAUCAGAGGUGGGUUCAUUUGCCAUCGACGAUAUACGAAGCUUUGAGAGAGUUUAGCUGUUUGUUUCCAUGUCGUUCUUCGUGUUUUACAACGAAUAAUGAGAAAGAAAAGGAAGAGAAAGUUGAAGGAUCUAGGGAAGUUACUAGGUGGUUAGUUGCAUUGCAAGAUGCAGAAGUAGAAAAAACGCGAGGGAUUGAGUUGAUGGUGUCUAAUCAUGGGAGGGAAGAAAUGCAAAGUACAAUGAGAAGUUCAAGAAGGCAUGUGUUUGAGGAUAUUGAGUUCAAGGAUAUUAUUGAGAGUGUUGAAAUGAAGGAAGGAGUAGAAGAGGAAGAGAAAGCUAGAGUUAGCAUUUGUAUUCCACCUAAGAAUGCUUUGCUUUUAAUGAGAUGUCGAUCUGAUCCUAUGAAAAUGGCAGAUAUUACUAGUCGAUUUUGGGAAGAAAAAGAAACUGAUGAAGAAAAAGUUGAAAGAAAGAAAAUGAGGGUUCGGAAAAAGAAAGUGCCGGAGGAAACUAGUGUUCCAGUAGAUAUUGUGGAAAAUGAAGAGAACUCAAAAGAAGCUGUAGAUAUCGUCAUGGAAAUGGAGACAGAAAGUAGUAAGAAUGAAGAAGAAAAGUUCAAGAGCGGUGAAUUAACACCAGAAACUGAACAAGAAGAUGAAAAAGAGAGCGAGAUAAAGGCGCUAGUAGAAGAAGCAGAAGUAACCUCCACUGAACAAGUACCUCAAUCAAUUGUAGAUCGAACAACAGAAAACAUUCAAGAUAACCAAGUCCUUGAAGCUGAGAAAGAAGAAGAAGAGGCAAAACCAUCUUUUUCAGAAGCCGAAGAUGCUACACUGGAAGUAGAAGAAGAAGAAGAUGAUGAGAGAUUCAAAUCAACUAUAAAGAAGGUCAUCGAAGAAACAAUCUUGUUGGAACACAUUGACAUUGAAGAAGACGUGAAAUUUGAUGAGAAUGAAAUCCAAAAAGAAGAUGUGGUGGCUCAAGUUGACUAUCCAAAGGAGUUGAGAAAAGAACAGAACAAAUCAAUUCUUCCAGAUUGUUUGCUACUAAUGAUGUGUGAACCUAAAUUAUCCAUGGAAGUUUCAAAAGAAACAUGGGUAUGCAGCACUGAUUUCAUAUCACCAGAGAAAAAACAAGCUAGUAAAACAGCAGUGAAUAAGAACAAAGAAGUAAUCCCCGAGAGAAGGCGCAGCAUUGACUACUCUAAACCUGCGCAAAAUUAUAGCAAGAGCCAACACCUCUCGACAAUGAUAGAGCAGAAACUGGUAAAUGCAAAGGCUUACGAGCCGUUUGUCUUGACGAGGUGUAAGUCGGAGCCCAUGAGAACGGCGCCGGAGAGUUGUUUCUGGAAGAAUAGGAAGAUUCAUGAGCCGCAUAGACGGGAUAAGUUUGGAGUCGGGGCCGCUGGACUCGGUUUUUGACCCGACCCGGAUUCUGUUGUCGGAUGGAGAGUUGUUUCUGGA